CAGAGUUGUAAACCCUAAACCCUUAAACAUCUUCUUCCCGGUUUUUUCACUAGCAAGUAGCCGCAAAUCUGUAACCCGAAUACCCAAAAUGGACCAGAAACUCGAAAUUUUAGAGAAAAAGGUUCUUGUUGGAAUUGUUAAGAUGGUCCAAAAGCAAGGAAUGCAGGGUACUGCUGGUGGUUGGAAGGACUUUUUGAAUAGUUAUGACAAAAAGUUCGGCUCUAGUUUAAGUGAUCCGGCUAAGAGGUCCAAUGACGUUUUGGUAUCUUUUCUAAAGACAUUUACAAAGGAGGAUGAUUUAAAGUUUAUUGCAAAAGUACUGCAACGUCAUCAGAAUCGUUAUAUAUUGGAGCUAUAUGAAAAGAAAUCUCCUGAUGAUGAAUCCCCUGAGCAGAGGCUGGUCCGUUUAACUCUUCAACACCCUCAGUAUGCAUUGGAUUAUAUGUUCCCAUCGUGCAAUGAGGAGUGGGUCGUUACCAAACUUGGUGACAAAUCCAAAGCGAUGACAUCUAACACAAUGUAUGCUGUUGAUUGUGAGAUGGUUCUCUGUGAAGAUGGCAGUGAGGCUUUGGUGCGGGUGUGUGUUGUUGAUCGCAAUUUAGAGGUGAAGUUGGAUGAACUUGUGAACCCUAAUAAAGCAGUUGCUGAUUAUAGAUCUGAGAUUACUGGAGUUACUGCUGAAGAUCUGGUUGGUGUUACCUGUUCAUUGGCAGAAAUACAGAAAAGAAUGAAGAAGCUACUAUCACAUGGGAUCAUUUUAGUGGGCCACAGUUUGAAUAAUGACCUACAUGCGCUAAAAGUAGAUCAUCCAAGAGUCAUUGAUACCUCCUUAAUCUUCAAAUACGCGGAUGGAAAUAGAAGACCUUCUUUGAAUAAUCUGUGCAAGUCUGUGCUGGGCUAUGAAAUUCGGAAAAAUGGUGCUCCACAUGAUUGUUUAGAUGAUGCAUGUGCUGCAAUGAAACUAGUUCUUGCUGUAAUAGAGCGUGGAGUUGAUAAUGCUAUGACCAUUGUUCAAGAAGAUGUGGCAGAAAUAGACAAGGCAAAGCUACUUCUCCACAGGAUACCAGUCAAUGUGCCUUGUGAAGAAUUACACAGAGUGAUUCCUGGGGACUUCACAAUCGAAGUCAAGACAUCAAAAAGAGGUCAAGGAGACAAGUAUUCUGCUGUUGCUAUUUUUAGCAGCCCACAAGAGGCAUGUCAAGCAUUUGAGAAUGUGGAAGGCAGCCAAGAAAAGGAUUCGUCUGGGAGGGGGCAGAAACUUGUCAAAUUCCAAACCAGCAAAGGUGUGACUGCCAGCCUAUAUGUUCGUAAAAUGGCACGUGAUGUUCCUCUUGGCCAGUUUUUGGUUAAGAGAGCUCUCGAAGGAGAGGAGAACUCAGGUGUAUCAAAAAAACAGAAGAUUGAGCAGACAAACAAAGAGAUAGUAGCGGCAUCAAAUGAGUGCAAGUGUAAAGAGCACUUGAAGGAGAUUGAAAGAUUGAGGAAAAUGGUAGACUCAAAUCAGUGUGAUGAUCACUUGAAAGAGAUAGAAAGUUUGAAGCAAGAACUGAGAGAAAAGGAUUUAAAUCAGUGUGAUGAUCACUUGAAAGAGAUAGAAAGUUUGAAGCAAGAACUGAGAGAAAAGGAUUUUCAAAUUUCAACGCAGGAUAAGAUGAUAUCUAUCCUUAAAAAGAAAGUAGAAAUGAAAAAUGACAAAAAGAAUAAAAGAAGGUGAAUAUGCUGCCGUAGAAUUUUAAGCUAUGUCAGUCUAGGCCAGAUGCCACCGCUAAUUUGCUGCAUAUUACGUGUGAUAAGAAAUUUUGGGUCGAAUUUGGAACUUUGAGGAGCAGCCGGUGAAUGUGAUGUGGCCAAUAGAAAGAUAAAUUUAUGAUAUUUCUCAUUGCUUUGAGUGAUUGUCAUUAGUUUUUAACUAGCAAAGGGAAAAACAUUCCAUGGUAUUGUAAUUCAGAUGUAGAAGAAAUGAGGGAAUAUUAUGGGGUGCAGAAAAUGUGGAGCUACAUUGGUUUGAGUUGAGUUUUCAUGGUUUGGAUUGAUUAUUCUUCUGCCAAGCAGUUUUGGACUUGUUCUGGUUCAUAUGCUUAUUUACAAUUUCAUUGUUUUAUUUCUUAACUCUCUCCGUUAAUGGUGUUUCAGUACUCGUUUCAGUAUAGUAA